GUUUGUAUUUAUUAGGAAGUAAAACAAAGUGCACAUGUGGCCGCUGGCUCCGCCUCAGCAUGUGACAGCGCGCAGGCUGAGUCAGCCGGCCCGUCACGCAGCGUCAGUUUGGAGUCGCACAAUUAUGAAAAAGCAUCCUUCCGUUGGAGCUGCAGCCGAAGCGGAUCUCAGUAACGUCCACCGGGCUUUCCUUCCAAGGCUAACCGCGGGCACCGCCGAUAGAUGGAUAAAAGCCACGACGCAGCUCUUCCUCAGUCUCAACGGUGAAGAGAAUGUCCCAGAAACCCUGGAUAGAAAGGACCUUCACCAAGCGGGAAUGUGUGUACAUACUUCCAGUGUCAAAGGAUCCUCACAGAUGCCUUCCAGGAUGUCAGAUUUGCCAGCAGCUCGUCCGGUGCUGCUGCGGCCGGCUGGUGCGCCAGCACGUUGGCUUCACAGCCAGCUUGGCCACCAAGUACUCGGACGUGAAGCUGGGUGAGAACUCAGCACUGCCCAUGCCUGAACUGGAAGGAUGGUCUGUGGAAAAACACACGGAGGAGAGCUCCACAGACGCCUAUGGUGUCAUCAACUUCCAGGGAGGGUCUCAUUCAUACAGAGCCAAGUAUGUUCGUUUGUCUCACAACUCUCGGCCUGAGAGCAUCCUUCGGCUGAUGCUGAAAGAGUGGAAUAUGGAGCUACCCAAGAUCCUCAUCUCUGUCCAUGGAGGAGUUCAGAACUUCGAGCUACACCCUCGAAUCAAACAAGUGGUGGGAAAGGGCCUCAUCAAAGCAGCAGUUACCACAGGGGCCUGGAUUCUCACUGGAGGGGUCAACACAGGUGUGGCAAAGCAUGUGGGAGAUGCUCUGAAAGAACACUGUUCACGAUCAUCAAAAAAGAUUUGCACUAUUGGGAUUGCACCAUGGGGAGUCAUUGAAAACCGAAGUGAUCUAAUUGGCAGAGACAUUAUUGCUCCAUAUCAGACACUACUCAACCCUCUCAGCAAACUCAAUGUUCUCAACAACCUGCAUUCUCAUUUCCUCCUGGUGGACGAUGGGACCGUGGGCAAGUAUGGCGCCGAGGUCCAGCUGCGAAGAGACCUGGAAAAGCACAUAAACCUCCAAAGAAUACAUGCACGGAUCGGUCAGGGUGUUCCUGUUGUGGCCUUGAUCUUCGAGGGUGGACCCAACGUGAUCCUCACUGUGCUGGAGUACCUUCAGGAGAGCCCUCCUGUCCCAGUGGUGGUGUGCGAGGGCACGGGCCGUGCUGCUGACAUACUGGCCUACGUCCACAAGCAGACGGAGGAGGGAGGAGGUCUUCCCGAUGGAGUAGAGACUGACAUCAUCGCAACCAUCAAGAAAACCUUCAACUUUAGCCAGAGCGAUGCCAUCCAUCUCUUUCAGACCUUGAUGGAGUGCAUGAAGAGUAAAGAACUGAUCACUGUGUUUCACAUCAGCUCAGAGGAGCACCAGGACAUUGACGUAGCCAUUCUGAGGGCUUUACUCCAAGGCACAAAUGCGUCUUCCUUCGACCAGCUGGCCCUGACUUUGGCCUGGGAUCGUGUUGACAUUGCCAAGAAUCACGUGUUUGUGUACGGACAGCAGCUCCUGGUGAGCUCUCUGGAGCAAGCGAUGCUGGAUGCGCUCGUGAUGGACAGGGUGGAUUUCGUCAAGUUGCUGAUAGAAAACGGAGUGAGCAUGCACCGUUUCCUGACAAUCAGUCGUCUGGAGGAGCUCUACAACACGAAACAACUUCCAAACAACCCGACUCUUCUGCAUCUCAUUAGAGAUGUUAAACAGAGUCAUCUGCCCCCAAAUUAUAAAAUCUCUUUGAUUGACGUGGGCCUGGUUAUCGAGUUUCUGAUGGGUGGAACUUACAGGUGCAACUACACCAGGAAACGUUUCCGAAUCAUUUAUAACAACCUGCAUGGAAACAAUAGGAGGUCAGGGCGGCACACAGCAGGGCCCGGGUCCCAGUUAAGGAAAAACCACGAGUCGUUUAGUAUGCAGGCCGACAAGAAGGAGAAGACGAGGCACAACCACUUCAUCAAGACCGCCCAGCCGUACAAACCCAAGCCGGAGUCUUCAACAGAGCAGAGCAAGAAGAACAAGGAAGAGAUUGUGGACAUCGACGACCCAGAGACACGCCGGUUCCCCUACCCUUUCAAUGAACUGCUGGUGUGGGCUGUGCUAAUGAAAAGGCAGAAAAUGGCCCUGUUCUUCUGGCAGCACGGAGAAGAGAACAUGGCCAAAGCGCUGGUGGCGUGUAAACUGUGCCGGUCCAUGGGCUACGAAGCCAAGAAAAGCGAUAUGGUGGACGACACGUCGGAGGAGUUCAAGGAAUAUUCAAACGAGUUCGGGACCUUAGCAGUGGACCUGCUGGAGCAGUCCUUUAGGCAGGAUGAAACCAUGGCCAUGAAGCUGCUGACGUACGAGCUGAAGAACUGGAGCAACUCCACGUGUUUGAAGCUCGCCGUCUCCUCCCACUUGCGUCCCUUUGUGGCCCACACCUGCACCCAGAUGUUGCUGUUCGACAUGUGGAUGGGACGGCUGAACAUGCGCAAGAACUCCUGGUACAAGGUGAUUCUGAGUACCUUGGUGCCUCCUGCCAUCCUGCUGUUGGAGUACAAGUCCAAGGCUGAGAUGGCUCACAUACCUCAGAGUCAGGACGAUCAUCAGAUGACCAUGGAGGACAGUGAACACAACUUCCAGAAUGUAGCUGAAGACAUCCAGAUGGACGUGUUUAAGGAGUCCAGAUCCGGUGACCAUGUGGAUCCAAAGCAUGACAUGGAGACCCACGUUCGCUCCAGGAAGCUGCCCUUAGGACGGAAGAUUUACGCUUUCUACCACGCUCCCAUCGUCAAGUUCUGGUCAUACACGCUCUUCUACCUGGGUUUCCUGAUGUUGUACACGUAUGUGGUCCUGGUGAAAAUGCCAGAAUGGCCUUCCCCUCAGGAGUGGCUGGUCAUCCUCUACAUCUUCACCUUAGCCAUUGAGAAAAUUCGAGAGAUGUUCAUGUCUGAAGCAGGCAAAAUCAGCCAGAAGAUAAAGGUGUGGUUCAGCGACUAUUUCAACAUGUGUGACUUUCUGGCCAUAGUGAGCUUCUUUAUUGGCUUUGGCUUAAGGCUAGGUGGGGGAAUUGUCUUCGUCCCCGGGAGGACAGUUUAUUGUCUCAAUAUCAUUUUCUGGUAUGUGCGACUCCUGGACCUUCUUGCUGUCAACCAACAAGCAGGGCCGUACGUCACGAUGAUCGCAAAAAUGGUGGCGAACAUGUUUUACAUUGUGGUAAUAAUGGCUAUCGUCCUGCUGAGCUUUGGAGUGCCCAGACAAGCCAUUCUGUACCCAAACGAGGAGCCCAGCUGGAAACUAGCCAAAGACGUCGUGUUCCAGCCAUACUGGAUGAUGUACGGGGAAGUGUACGCUUAUGAAAUAGACGUAUGUGCCAAUGACAGCCAAGUCCAGUCGCUGUGUAAUACAGGUCAAACGGUUUGGCUGACUCCUUUCCUACAAGCAGUCUACCUCUUUGUACAGUAUAUACUAAUGGUCAACCUUCUCAUUGCCUUCUUCAACAACGUGUACAUACAAGUGAAGUCUAUUUCUAAUUUGGUGUGGAAGUACCAGCGCUACCACGUCAUCAUGGCAUACCAUGAAAAGCCUGUCCUCCCACCCCCCUUCAUCCUGCUGAGCCAUAUCUACUCCCUCUUCUGUAUGUGUGGAAAGAGGAAGAAGGAAAACACCUACGGACCAAAGUUAUUUCUCACUGAGGAAGACCAGAAGAAGCUUCAUGACUUUGAGGAGCAGUGUGUGGAGACAUACUUUCAUGAAAAGGACGAUCAGUUUCACACAGGGAGUGAGGAACGCAUCCGUCUUACUUCAGAAAAGGUCGAGACCAUGUGUUUGCAGCUGAGGGAGGUCGGUAACAAGGUCAACUUCAUAAAGCGUUCUCUGCACACGCUGGACUCGCAGAUCGGCCACCUGCAGGACCUCUCGGCGCUGACUGUGGACACUCUGAAGACCCUCAGUGCUCAGAGGGCCUCGGAGGACAGCAAGGUCCACAAUCAGAUCACACGGGAACUCAGUGUGUCUAAGAAUGUGGUGCCCAGCAUCGCCCCCGUGGCAACAGACACUGGCCCUCACUCCAAAUCCUCUGUGAUGGGCAAGCGCAGUGUUGGGGCCUAUUUCGGCUCCUCCUUCCCCCAAGCAGGAACUAAUAUAGCCGAUUCACUGUUUGGUGUUGGUGUGAGUGGUGGACCUGGGAUGGACAGUAGCCGGAGACUUGGGCCCAGCCCUGGAAUGGGACUGGAGCUGGACCCCAGCCUUAACCCAGCGUUGAGUCCAGAGAGGAGGGCGCUGUUCGGCCUCGGCCUCCUCGCUGCAGACGCCGGCUCCUCCGGCAGUGCCUGCUCCAGUGCCUUUGUCCAAAGCGUCGUGCCAAGCGCCCCCAUGGAGCUGCGUCUUCGAGGCCACUCUCUCACCCAGAGCAAACUGACCCGUCCACAAGAAUCGGGCCUUCCCGACUCCCCAUCCAGCCUGCCCAACGUCCCCUCCCCCGAGGCUCAGUUCCACAUCAGCAGCACCCCCUCGCAGCCCAGUGGCUCCAGCCACCCGGAGCUCGCCCCCGCUGGUCCUUACCAGCACCUUCAGCCACACCACACCAGUGUUGAAUUUGGUGCCUUUGUGGGACAUAAGGACAGUGUAGACCUCCAGCACUCUACACCCAAAGACGCCUCCAGCUUCCAGCAAAGCCCAUGUUCACAAACCAGACUGCAGGCUCAUCCUGAAGGUCACGGUCUCAUUAGAACAGUCAAUUCUUAUGCUGGCUUCACAGAACUGAACAAAAGUCCAGCCUUCCUCCAUCCUGACUCCACUCUUACGAAGAAAGAACGGAGCAGGGUGUCGGCUGAAGACAUCCGCGUACAGGAGGCCGCAGCACCUGAAAGAGUUCAGGUCAAAUCUGCCCAAGCCAGCAGCCAACGUGCCCCUGGGGACAAUGCACUGAAUGCUGCAGUUUCUCUCUACAUGCCGCACCACACCCACCUGGGAAGCAGGAAAGAUUGUCCCCUCCUUUUCUCUGUAGCUAUUGGCUCCCCGUUCAAGCCCGUGGAAAACUACCAGUACUCAGCUGUUGAGCGCAACAACCUGAUGAGGCUCUCCCAGAGUAUUCCGUUCACUCCUGUGCCCCCUAGAGGGGAACCAGUUACUGUGUAUCGCCUGGAGGAGAGCUCGCCCAACACUAUCAACAACAGCAUGUCUUCCUGGGCCCAACGGGGCCUCUGUGCCAAAAUAGAGUUCCUCAGCAAGGAGGAAAUGGGUGGAGGACUGAGGCGGGCCCUUAAAGUGCUCUGCACUUGGUCAGAGUAUGACAUCCUAAAACCAGGACACCUGUAUAUAGUUAAGUCGUUCCUUCCUGAGGUGGUCCACACCUGGCAGAGCAUCUACAAGGAGGACACUGUGCUGCACCUUUGUCUCAGGGAAAUUCAACAACAAAGAGCUGCUCAGAAGUUGACAUUUGCCUUUAACCAAAUCAGGCCAAAGACGAUUCCUUAUUCGCCAAGGUUUCUGGAAGUGUUCCUGCUCUACUGUCACUCUGCUGGACAGUGGUUUGCAAUUGAAGAGUGCAUCACCGGAGAGUUCAGGAAGUUCAACAACAACAACGGAGACGAGAUCGUCCCCACCAACCUCCUGGAGGAAACCAUGCUGGCCUUCAGCCACUGGACCUACGAGUACACCCGCGGGGAACUGCUGGUGCUUGACCUGCAGGGUGUGGGAGAGAUUCUGACUGAUCCGUCAGUCAUAAAGAGUGGUGAGAAGGGAUCAUAUGAUAUGAUAUUUGGACCAGCUAACCUGGGGGAUGACGCCAUUAGAAACUUUCGUGCAAAACACCACUGCAACUCCUGCUGUCAGAAACUUAAACUUCCUGAUCUUAAAAGGAACGACUACACACCAGAUAAGGUGACAUUUCCACAGGAAGACCCUUCCAACCCAGGGGGCGGAGUCAAAGAGUCACGCCAAUCCAUGAGACUGAUGCUGUGAUCAGUUGAGGGGAUCAAAUAUUCAUUUGACCUUAGUCCGUGACCAGAGAAAGGACCACAAUCAACUGGAUGAAUCGCACCUGGGAUCCACUGCAUGAGGCCUGUGUCAUAUUUUUGUUAGUAUCACCUAAAUGCUGUGUCGUACACAAUUCAGCCAUUUAAACAAUUUUUUAGUGGCAGGAAACAUUUUAAAUGUAUUUUGUACACAUUUAUAAAUAUAUUAUACAUCUAUAAAUACACAAACAGGCUAUAUCGUCAGGUACAAUAUCAUUAUAGAGGGUUUAUUAUUUAUUUUGAAAUUUAAGAAGUUGCCUUGUUUAAACAAAGUAAAAAAAAAAUGAAUUUAAGUGCAUUGUACAUUUGUUACAGCAGCUUAGAGGGCGACAGGCUGCUGAGAUCCAUUCACUGCAGUUUGCAAACACUUCACUUUUAUAAAUGUAUAAAGACUUGUAUCACAGCUUUUGUCUUUUAGUUAAUUAAAAUAUAAACAUGAAUUUGGAAAUCUUGUAAAAUAUGGGCAGAUUGCAAUGCAACUUUUACAGAAAAAUAUAUGUAAUUUUAUUGUAUUGAAAGUGUGUCCACCAAAAUAUUGCCAAUAGUUUUUAUUGUUACAAAGGUACUAUUCCUAUAUCUUUGUCAUCAACUAUUGUAUGAGCAAAUUACAAUCGAGUGUAUCUUAUAGAUACUGUUGUCUGGCAUGAGCUCAGCAGAUAAGAUAUUUUAUUCAGGGGAACUGACAGACGUAAGGGUAUUGCUGUAUACAUUUUGUACUGGAUAUCAUUUUAAACAAAUAAAGUAUUAAAAAGCUUGA